GUGAGUUCCUCUUCUUUCUGGCUCAAUCGAGUACACCAGAUGCCUAAAGCUGUUUUUGAGACAAGUUUCGAUGGUAAUUCAAAGCGACCUCGAAUAUUGUUCCUACUACAACUGAAUGGCAGAAAUGAGCGUCAGGUCAAGAGACUUCUGAAGGCGCUCUAUUCACCUUACCACUAUUACUAUAUUCAUGUCGAUCAACGUCAGCUUUAUAUGCUUACAGAGAUGAAAAUUGUCGCAGCGAAACUAGCAAAUGUAUUUGUCUCGCCAGAUGCUCAUAGCACUAUAUGGGGCGGUGCUUCUUUACUGACCAUGGUGCAAGAUGCUAUUCGCCGCUCUAUUUCCAUACCAUUGCUAUCAGAUUGGGACUAUCUUAUCAACUUAUCUGAAAGCGACUUUCCGGUCAUGACACUUGCUGAGUUUGAAGCACAGCUUCGCGCGAAUCCUGGAAAAUCAUAUAUGAGUAGUCAUGGCUAUAAC